CUUCCCCAAGAAGCAGUUUCUUGCGUCGCCCACCAAGGCGAAGGCCGCCAACGGCAAGGGCGGCGACGGCGUUGCUCCGCUUGGCGAUGGCUUUGGUGAUCUCAAGUCCAAGGCCGAGGGGAAGCAGCAGCGGGCAGGCAGCAAGGAUGAAGUGUUCUUCGAGUCUCGAGCUUGGUUAGAUUCAGACUGUGAGGAUGACUUUUACAGUGUGAAUGGAGAUUUCACUCCAUCUCGUGGCAGCACACCGAACUACCAACCUAGAAUGCAAACAGUGAUGACCAACAUCUUUCAACUGGACAAUUCAGACAAGUCCAAAUCACCAGAACCUUCUCCAACUGGCAGGAGGAAACUAGCCGAGCUCCUGCAGGAGGCGAUGCAAAAUGGCCCUGAAGAAAGAACCGAUGUCAGCAAGAAUGAGAAGAAGCAGUUGCAAUCUGUCGCUGCAGACGGGAAGCCGGUGUCUGAAUCCACAUCCAGCUCCGCUUGCAGCACGGAACUAACGCCGACCGUGGUCGCCAAGAGCCGGAAGGAGAAGGCAUGGUACUCCGGUCGCUGUUGCCUGCCGAGCUUUGUUCAUAGCCUGACCUUAGAUGAGAGUGAGAGGGGGCAGAAGAUGAGCUCUGGGCCAUGUGCUGUUUGACAGUGGUGCUCCGGUGCCCUCCUGCCCUGAGCUGUAUUUAGCACGAUAUAUUGCUCGAUCUGGACCCUGAAGCUACUGUAAAGAAGUGGGGGGGUAUUAAGAGUACUAUAUCGUAGGAAUCAAGUGGAUAAUAGCUACACGUUAAAUUGAUGUGCACUGCAUGUUGAUCAACUGCAAGAGUAGAACAUCUACCCUGUGCAUAUCUUCUCGAAUCUUCAUGGAUAUAAAUAUAUAUAUUUUCAGAUGUCAA